UAAAACGGAAUAGAAUAAUAUUAUUUAGGUUAAUCGACAUAAGGAUUGGUCCGUGGCCAAGGCUUUUAAGAGAUUGAUCCUUAGCAACGUGUCAACUCCUGAGUGGGACGGGGUCGGUUUGAUUUUCGGUUUGGUUUAAAAAAAAAGUUCAUUCUCGACGGACACCGAAAAAAAAAAAGGAGAGCUCGAGGGAAGGCGAUAUUUGCCGUUUGAAAUCGAUCGUCUUCACGAAGGUAAAUCGAAGCGUUAACCUGUAUUUUUGAUCUUUUUAGCUUAGUUUUCAUGUAGAUUCGUCUUAUUUUAGUGGUUCGGGGAUGCGUUUGAAUCGAUUUGGGUUUCGAUUGAAAUUAGGGUUUUAAAAAAAUUUGGGGUUUAAUCGAUUUGGGGUUUAUAUCCAGUAUGGGGGUUUGUAUAAAGAGUUUUGACAUGAUUUCGGUUUCAAUCUGAAGCGGAUUUGUAUCUUAUUUCUUAAACGGUUUCGAAAUGAAAUAUGUUUUCAACUGAAGAGGAUUUUAUCUUUUUUCUCGAACCAGGUUUCUCAACCUUUUAGGUUUCAAACUAAGAGAAAACAAAAUAGGGUGAGAUUAAUGAGAGUGUGUCUGCCAAAAGUGUCGGUUGAAUAUGUCGUUGCUCUAAUCUGAAGAGAAAACAACCGGUCGUCUUUGUUUUUGGUUCCUUUUUAUUCAUCUGCUUUCCAUUGUUGUUGUAUAUGUCGUUGCUCUAAUUAUGUUGUUUUAAAUUCCAUAAUUUUUUUUUGUAUCUAACUCUCUUUGUUAAUCAUUUGUCUCAGGUUAACCAAAUGGGACAAGAUUACAGCUAUUCUCAGCCUUCUUCAUCAUCAAACUCGAUAGACAUGAGCUCCCUUCUUGAAGCUGAAGCUAAGAUGUACGCGGAUGAAGCUGAGAGUCCCUUCUGCAACGCAGAGCCGGAUCAGUUCGCACCUCAACCAGAGGCUGAUGAUGGCAUCCCUACGGCUUGCUACUGCGGUGCGCAGCCUGUUGUGAAAUGCUCUUACACACCUAAGGAUCCAUACCGAAGAUACUUCUCGUGCCCCAAUGUCGAUGAUGGGGGCUGCCACAUAUGGAAAUGGUGGGAUGUGGCUUUAACGGAGGAGCUCAGUGAGGUUCAUAGACAUGUCAGACAGCUGAAGGAUCAAGCUUUUGAGUGUGACCAGAAGCUGCUUAAGCUACAGAAGACGGUGUGUGAGGUGAAGAAGAAAUCUGAGCAUACAAAUGUGGUUGCAUUGGGAGUUUGUGUACUGCUGUCGGCAAUAGUAUUCAUAGGUUUGGCUGCUGUGUACCUGAGUGGAAGAGCGUCCAAGAAGUAAACUAGAUCAACUAGUGAAGCUCAAGAGUGUCUGUUUAAUCAAGGUACGAUUCCCGACCCUCUUUUGUAUUGAUUGUCCCUGCGCAUCAACUAGUAAAGUUCAGUGCUUUAAAAUAUUAUUGUUAGUAUUGAUUGUCCCUGCGCAUAAAUGCACUCUUUUGUAUUGAUUGUUUCAUUUCUACCUUCCUACCGCCUCUGAUAUGAUUGUUUUUAAUGUUUUAGUACUUUGCAAAAGGGUGUUAUAGUUUGAAUUGAUAGUUUUUAAUGUUUUAGUACUUUGCAAAAGGGUGUUAGAGUUUGAAUUGAUAGUUUUUAAUGUUUUACGCCUUCUACCUUACUAACUGCUCGUUUUUAUUGGCCUUAAAUGCAACUAGGUUAGCUCAAUGUUUAAACUCGUCUACUUAAGUCUCUCUGUUGGUAUUAGAGUGACAUAUACCGAUAUUGCAAAUGGAAAAUAAUACACCUUAUAUGAAUCUACUCUUUAGUCAAACUCAGACACCCGUGGACCUUGAUUCACCCGAACCUUUAUGGUUCGGUAGCCAAGGUCCUAGGGAGUCUGUUGUCCCUCCUGUAGUCGAGCCUGUAGUCGAGUCUGGUGGUGAGUCUGGUCUGAGGAGGAAGUGGACUUCGAUGGAGGAUAAGAUCCUUAUUGGUGCUUGGCUUAACACCAGUAAGGAUCCUAUCAUCAGCAAUGAGCAGAAAGCUGGUUCUUUCUGGAGGCGGAUUGUAGAUUACUAUUAAUGUGGGUUAGAGGUAAUGUCUUAAAAUGAAACUAUAAUGCAUUUGAACUUUACUAACCUUUGUCUUAUUUGAUGUGUCAGGUUUAUCUAAGUAGGCAUGUGAAGGAAGUCACGGGUUGAAGUCACGGGUUGGAGUCACGGGUGGAAGUCACGGGUUCUUCUCCCUCACCUAAUGUAUUAUAAGUAGAAUGUAAUGUAGUCUUUAACUUUCUAUCUCGGAGAGGUGUUUUCCUUUAGCCUCUAAACUUGUUUCAUGUUAUUCAAAACUUGUGUUUGUCGGUAAUGUUGUAAUAUUUCAAGGAAGGCAGGAAUCAUUGUUCAAACCUUCUGUAUCUCGGUAAGGUUGUAAUAUGUAUGAAAUGCUUUGUGUCCUCUUGUUCUUACGUUUAACUCAUUGAUGUUGUGUUCAACUCACUAAAAUAUAAGCUCAUGAACUUUUUUGUAUUAAUGUUUAGCUCAUGAACUUUUUUGAAUUAAGCGACUUGAGUAAAAACAUGGCUUAAUAUUUCAAGGUGACAUCAAGACGGAGAAAUUGGGAUUUAUCAUAUCACAAGGUUAGCAAAAGAUCAAACAUAUCAGAAGCAUAUCACAAGGUUAGCAAAUAAGACAAAAGAUCAAACAUAUCACAAGGAAUUUUUAACCAAAUAAGACAAAGGGUAUUAGAAAAAAAUUUAAAAUGAAAUGAUACCAAAAUGAAAUUUGGUAAUACGAUGAUUUGAAAAUGAUAAACUAGAUGAUUAGAAAUUUAAAAUGAAAUGAUACCAAAAAUUUUUUGGUAAUAAGAUGAUUUUAAAAUGAAAAAUUAGAUGAUUAGAAAUAGCAAACAUAUAUGAAAUAAUACCAUAUAUGUAAAAAAAUUUUACAUAUAUAACCAAGAAAAUUUGGUAAUAAGAUGAUUUGAAAAUGAUAAACUAGAUUAUUAGAAAAGAGAAUUUUAAGCUAAACUAAAUUUGGUAAUAAAAUGAUAAAAUGAUAACUUUUUUGUUUUUAAAAUGAUAUAAAAACUAAACUUAAUAUUUUAUUUUUAAAAGGAGGGAAACCUAAAAUGUCAUCAUCAUCAUCAUCCGAUGAAAUCGAUGAGAGAUUGGACGAGGUUGUCGAUGAAAUCGUCGAGGAUGCAUAUAAUGACAUAGUGGAGGCCCAACCGAAUAUGCAAAACACACGGGGUUAUAUUGAACGAGACCGUGAAGGGGGACACACCCGUUUAGUUAAUGACUACUUCAGAGAGAAUGCGACAUACUCGGCACAAUUCAGACGACGUUUCCGCAUGAAUAAGGGUUUAUUCAUGCGUAUUGUCCUUGCCCUCCAGGAGAAGUUUGUAUUCUUUCAACAAAGACCCGAUGCAACCGGGAGGUUAGGUCAUUCUCCGCUACAAAAAUGUACGGCGGCUAUUCGACUGCUUGCUUAUGGUACUGGGGCUGACACGGUAGAUGAAUAUCUCCGACUAGCUGAGACCUCAGCACUUUUGUGUUUACAUAAUUUCACUGACGGAAUUAUACAGUUAUUCGGAGACGAGUAUCUACGAGCACCCACACCGGAUGAUCUUCAACGACUACUCGACAUUGGAGAGAAACGAGGGUUUCCUGGGAUGAUCGGGAGCAUCGACUGUAUGCAUUGGGAGUGGAAAAAUUGCCCGACCGCUUGGAAAGGACAGUACGCCCGUGGAUCAGGAAAACCGACAAUUGUCUUAGAGGCUGUCGCUUCCCAAGAUCUUUGGAUCUGGCACGCGUUUUUUGGACCUCCAGGUACCUUAAACGAUAUUAAUGUCCUCGAUCGAUCUCCUCUUUUUGAUGACAUUUUAGAAGGUCGAGCUCCGCGGGUAAAGUACAUGGUCAACGGACACAUGUAUAAGUUGGCGUACUACCUCACAGACGGUAUAUAUCCAAAAUGGUCAACCUUUAUCCAAUCCAUCUCACUCCCUCAAUCACCAAAACAAGAGUUAUUUGCUAAACAUCAAGAAGCAACCCGAAAAGAUGUGGAGCGGGCUUUUGGAGUAUUACAAGCGCGAUUUGCGAUUGUGAGAAACCCGGCUCUUACGUUGGACAAAGCAAAGAUAGGGAAGAUUAUGAGAGCGUGUAUCAUACUACACAACAUGAUAGUCGAAGAUGAACGGGAUGGAUACAUUCGUUAUGAUAUAUCUGAAUUUGAAGAAG